AUGACACGGAUUAGCUCGAUCCCCGGCAGGUUCCGGUUGCCGCUGCUGUUGGCCGCGAUGGCGACGGCGGGCAUUGUGGCCGCCGGCUGUUCGCAGGGGUCCUACCCGCUGGACAUCUUCUACGAGAUGCACUACCAGCCGUCGUACAAGGCCCACGAGCCGCCGCGGCUUAGCGUGCCGGCUUCAGCCGUGCCGUGGUACGGUUCGACCGCGCCGGAGCCGACGUCGUUUGCGGGGUCGGGAAAGCACAUCUUCGAAGCUAACUGCGUGAUGUGUCAUGGCCCCCAGGGACUGGGCAACGGCCCGGUGCUGGCCCGAAUGAUCGUGGAUUACGGCUACCAGACGGUGGACCUGCCCAUCCAGAACCCCAAUCUGACCUCGGAAGCGGCCAACAGCCUGGACCGGGCCGGCCUGCGGGGCGUGAUAGAAGGCGGCGUAUCCGUGAUGCCCAGUUUCAAGAAACUGUUGACUCCGAAUCAGAUUGACCUGGUGCUGGACUACGUGGAAGGUUGCAUCCAGGACGGCGAUGCCGCGGCAUGCCAGUAG